CUUGCAUUCUUAUGAGGAAACUAUUGUCACCAUAGUGAUGCAUCGAUUUCUGCGACUACUUGACGAUCCAAUGAGAAAUGUCCAAUGAUAACUGACGAAAUUAUCCGAUUGCCUGUCGCGUAUAACUUGUGCAGCACUGUUUUUGGGAAAUAUUCAUCUGUCAGACAAUAUCAAGUGCAAAAAAUGAACUCCAUUGUUGUAUCCAUCUGCGCAUGCGUGUUGACCUGUUGUGUGGUGACGUCAUCACCGGUGUAUCCCAGCGUUCCACUGAAACAUUUCUCGCCAACUGAUGCCUGUCUCUUCAUUUGCAACAUAUGCUUUGAUGAUAUGGGGCCAGAGAUGAUGGAAUGUGCAAAUAACCUAUGCUUGGUCAAAGAACAAUUCGAAACGAAUCUUGGCCUCAUUAAGCUCGGGCGCACGUGCAAGAACUUCAGUAAACUCGAAGAUUUCGUGUUUGGCAAUGAAACGGACUAAUCUGUGACUUUGUUAUAUCACGCGCGAGAAGAAAAUGUAAAAGAACUCAAAACAAAGGUUCCGUGGUACUAUUAAACUUAUAGUUCUAUCUAAUGUGGAAAAAGCUAUCGUUUCCAAAAGAAUUUAAUUUAAGUAUAAACAUAUUACAUUUAAUUACAAAGUGAAAAACUGUUUUUGAAAUAAAACAACAU